ACAGUGAUUCAAAUAUUUAGCAUUCAAGUUAAAGUUCGAUUGAUAAAGAAAGGUUACGUUCCUUGAACCUAACAGUACAGAUCCGUUUUAAUCAGAACAGAUCGAAAUAGCGAAGUGGUUAAAGUGAGGUUAGGCCUAAGAAGACACAAAACUGACAAGAACAAAUUCCUUUCAAAGAUGUUGUCUUCGACUUUAAACUUCAUCAACGAGACAGAAUACGAAAGCGAUCCUUUCGCCGCCGUACCAAACGACGUUUUAAACGGAACCUACCCGAAAACCAUCAGCAUUGUAUCCUAUUAUUUAAUAACAAUCAACAUAUUAAAACUAAUUUUAGUAUUAACUGUCAUAAUAACAAACGCUUUCCUCGCGAUAGUUAUACUCAGAUUCGAAAAAUUGAGAUCUGUUAGAAGCAACAUGUACAUUCUUAACCUCAGUAUACUGAACAUAAUCUAUUAUCUAUGUUCUCCUCUAUUUUAUAUUAUUUGUCAUUUAUUUUCGGCGCACGAGGAAACGUCAAUUGUCAUAUUGCAGACCCAGAGCACUCUGUUAACUCUUUAUACUACGUUCGCUUUCGUAAUGGCGAUUGAUUGGUUUUUUACCGGAUCGAAAUUACGUAUCAUGAAGACUUUCGAUAAAUGUUAUAAGUUCGCUAUUAUCGGUAUAUACGGAAUUUUUUUUAUAGAAUGGAUUAUAGCGUUUAUUUAUUCUGAAGUUGAACAUAUAGCCAGAGUUGCAACUUUCACGAUAUUUUAUAUAAUAUACGCCGUUGUACUAACCGUACUUAAUAUUUUAAAAACUAGAAUAAUUUUGAGAAGCGAAUCUAAAGAGAUAGAAUAUUCUCUAACCGUUUCGAACAUAAUUAUUUAUUCUUUUUUACCUUUAUUAUGUUUUAAUAUGUUGUAUAAAGUUUCUACACCUUAUGUUUAUUCGAUUUUGUUGAUUUUGGAACUAUUACCAGAAGUUGUUGAGAUUUGCCACCCAAUUUUGGUGGUGUUCAUGUUAGGAAAGUUGAAUAAAUAUUUUAAAAUGGCUUAUAUCAAAUCGUUCAAGAGAUCGUUACAAAAUUAUCAAGACGAAGAUUUGGAUACCGUUUCAGAGGAAUUAAUCAUUCAAAGUUUUAUACAAGUACUAAACAACGUAAAUCAGGAAGAAGUUAUUGAAAUUUAGCCAUUUUUUUUUUUGUAAUUUUUAACAAACAGAUUCUAUGUAGAAUUAAUUUAAAAUCAAAUAUAUUCAUUAAUAUAC